AUGGAAAACGGAAUUGUUAAGAACUGGGAAGAUAUGCAGCAUCUAUGGAACUUCACCUUUUAUGACAAGAUGAAGAUUGAUCCCACAGGCCGAAAGAUCCUCUUGACUGAACCUCCAAUGAACCCUCUUAGAAACCGAGAGAAGAUGUGUGAGACCAUGUUUGAAGGAUACAACUUUGGCGGCGUAUACGUUGCCAUCCAGGCUGUCCUAGCGCUCUAUGCCCAAGGACUGAGCAGCGGUGUCGUUGUGGAUUCUGGUGAUGGUGUAACUCACGUUAUUCCGGUCUACGAGUCCACAGUCCUCAACCAUUUGACCCGUCGUCUCGACGUUGCCGGUCGAGAUGUCACCCGUAACCUUAUUGCACUUCUCCUUCGUCGAGGCUAUGCUCUCAACCGCACAGCGGACUUUGAAACCGUACGCCAAAUUAAAGAGAAGCUUUGCUACGUCUCGUACGACUUGGAGCUGGACAAGCGCCUCUCUGAAGACACUACUGUGCUGGUGGAAUCAUACACUCUCCCCGAUGGCCGAGUUAUAAGGGUCGGAAGCGAACGCUUCGAGGCGCCCGAGUGUCUGUUCCAGCCACACCUUGUCGAUGUUGACCAACCGGGUAUUGCCGAACUAUUAUUUAACACCAUACAAGCUGCCGACGUGGACGUGAGAAGCAGCUUGUACAAGGCUAUUGUUCUUAGCGGCGGUAGUAGCAUGUACCCUGGCCUACCGUCCCGAUUAGAAAAGGAGUUGAAGCAGCUAUGGUUGACCAGAAAUCUACAUGGCGACCCCGAGCGGCUAGACCUCGCCGACAAGGACAACAUGUGGAUCUCAAAACAGGAAUGGGAGGAACAGGGCCCGAGGGCCCUGGAGAAGUUGGGCCCUAGAUAA